AGGCAUGGCAGCCCUUUUAGCCUGUCCCAGCCUGCCAAGAGGCAGCACCCUGGAAAGACCCCUGCUCAGGAGCACUACAGGGGGAUCAGCGCCCCCAUUCAUACCUGCAAGGUUUUCUAGAUACCUUCUUGAGCCUGCUUGUGGCCGCCCACAGACACUUGUAAGGAGGAGAGAAGUCAGCCUGGCAGAGGUACUCUGACAUGAGGGAUUAGAGGCUGGGAUCCAAGAGCAAGAGCUGCAGCAAGGAGGCGAGGGAGCAGGCCCUGAAGACGCUUCUGUUGAGAGGUCUGCCAUGGCCUCUCUUGGCCUCCAACUUGUGGGCUACAUCCUAGGCCUUCUGGGACUGUUGGGCACGAUGGUUGCCAUGCUGCUCCCCAGCUGGCGAACAAGUUCUUAUGUUGGUGCUAGCAUUGUGACAGCAGUUGGCUUCUCCAAGGGCCUCUGGAUGGAGUGUGCCACACACAGCACAGGCAUCACCCAGUGUGACAUCUACAGCACUCUUCUCGGCCUGCCUGCUGACAUCCAAGCUGCCCAGGCCAUGAUGGUGACGUCCAGUGCACUGUCCUCACUGGCCUGCAUUAUCUCUGUGGUGGGCAUGAGAUGCACAGUCUUCUGCCAGGAAUCCCGAGCCAAAGACAGAGUGGCGGUAGUAGGCGGAGUCUUCUUCAUCCUUGGAGGCCUCCUGGGCUUCAUCCCUGUUGCCUGGAAUCUUCACGGGAUCCUGAAGGACUUCUAUUCCCCACUGGUGCCUGACAGCAUGAAAUUUGAGAUUGGAGAGGCUCUUUAUUUGGGCAUUAUUUCCUCCCUGUUCUCCCUGAUAUCUGGAAUCAUCCUCUGUUUUUCCUGCCUAUCCCAGGGAAAUCGCUCCAGCUACUAUGAUGCCUACCAGGCCCAGCCUCUUGCCACUAGGAGCUCUCCAAGGCCUGGUCAAUCACCCAAAGUCAAGAGUGAGUUCAACUCCUACAGCCUGACAGGGUACGUGUGAAGAACCAGGGGCCACAGCUGG